AGAUGUCGUAGGGCACUGCCGCCCUCGCCCCACCUGUCGACGGUGGACUUCGAGGCGAGUGGGAAGUGGAGGAAAGGGGUUCCCAGAAGGGCGGCAGUCAGAUCUUGAGUCGGCGGCCCCAUUGUGAAGCUUCUGAACUCACUUGUGGUGGAAUCUGCAAAUCUCUGCCGGCAGGAGACGAGAACGCGAAGGGGUGGAUGGCCCCGUCCUUUUCCCCUUGCAAGAGUUCCACAUUCUUAGGGUCUCCCUGCUUCUCCACCCGCGCCAGUUUGCAUCCGCGGGUGUCGGGGUGGGGAGCUUAGUGAUUUGGGUCGAGCCUAAAUGCUGAGUGUGUAUGCCUGUGACUGGUGCACAGGUAAAACCGGGGCUGGGAACUUUUUAAUCAUUUCAGGAAGAGGAAGAAUAAGGCGGCGGCAUUUUUAUAGCGUGCUUGCUGCUCCUAGCCCAGAGAACAAUUCUUGCACAACAUUUGUGACGUUACUGGGCUCUUCAUUUGACAUUGUUUUUCUGAGAUGAGCCACCCUACAAUUAGAGUUGUUAGUUGCUCUCUCUGUGUGUCUGUGUGUAUUAAACUUGGUAGAGCAUGUUAGACGUUAGGAAAAUAGAAACGACCUCCUCCCAAGGUUUGUUUUUUCAGUCAUUUCAAAAUACAGUAUUAGUUUUCACUGAAGAAACUUUUGGUACUUUAUUAAUGCAAGAGCACGAUUUACACAUUGUGCUUAAUGAAUGUCUCACAGAUUUCUUAGUGUUUUCAUUAUGUAACGAUACACUGCAAAACUCAAAAAUAAUAAUAACCAGGAUGGAAUACAAGGAUCAUGAACCCAGAGGUCUCUUGACGUGAUCAGAACGGUGCAUAAAAAAAAUGUGCUUUUGUCAGCUUUCUAGAUUAUUUAUUUUCAAGUGAGAAUAUUUAGUAGUAACUUCCAGGAUAUAAGAUACAGGGUAUUUAUGGACCUUACAUAAUGGUCUGUGGAUUUGUUUACUUUCUAAGUAUAAUUUUGCAUACUUUGGAGAGCUAUGCACACAUUAAACCUUAAAAGUGGGAAUAAUUCAAUUUCAUACACAGGUUUAAUUUCUUUCUUUUUUUUUUGGGGGGGGGGUGGUUUAUUGCCCAGGGAAGGGGAGUCUUUUCCUCUUUUUCUGCAGAGAGAACUCUGAUUUUUUUCAUCAGCCUAUCAAAAUAAGUUCCUGGUUUUAAGCUUUCACCUGGAAGGCUAGCCUGUUUCACAGUUUAUGGCCGUCCCAUUUCAGCUAUGCUUCCUAAGAGGCAAAUUUCUUGCAAAGAUUUCAUGUAGACCUGCAAGUCAAUCAUAUUUGUAGUGAAAUUGAAUUUUUUCCCCUAAAAGAAGAAGGGUGACAUCACAUGAUAAUAAGAAAACAUGAGUUAUCUAGCUUUAAUCUCUGAAAGCAAAAAGAGAAAGAAAAAUGAAGGUUGCACUGUAAAAGCUGUUAAACACUGAUAUUGAAAGAGAAACACAUUUUUGUCUUACUGAACUAAUUAGGUGUUGUCCUACCUUGGUGAGGUUAAUGAUUGGUUUGUAAGGUCAGGAUGGUUUCAGAAAUCACACCCUUGGUAACCACUGUUAAAAGAUUUACUGAUAAUUUCAUUUUUACAAGUUGCCAAUGAUGAGGUUAUUUAAAAGUAAUUCUACGUAAGCAUGUAGGUACAGCUCAGCAUUUUGUUUUCCUGGUGAGUGUUGUACUUUGGCAGUUAAACCCUUUUAUUUCUGCUCAGUGUUCUGUAAUUUGAGAGAUGUUUUGGUUUUUGCCUUUUUUACUUGUUUUUAAGAAUCAUCUUUGGGACUGGUGGGCUCAAAGUAUUUUCAUUGGUCUGAAUGACUCUUUUAAAAUUGCUGUUUUCUCCGCCCCCCCCCCAUGCUUUCUCAUUAUUAAUCUUUCCUCAAAUAGUCACCCUUACUUUGUAUUUUGAGAGUCAGAAUUAGAACCCAGGACUUUCUGCUCUACCUCUUUCCUUUGCCUGAAAUUUAUUUUUCUUUUCAUAAUAAAAUCUUUGGCCAUUAGUGGAACUUAUUUGCCAAAAUUCACAGUGGAACCCUGCCCUUCAUAUUUACAACCUUAUGAUUUGGAAACUUACAGGUUUUGCUACAUUUUUCUUACUGCUGUUAUGUUGUGGAUCUAUGCUGAAUCCUGGCAUGUAUGGCUUUUUUGGGAUGACCACUCAUCUCCUGGUUCCCUGUGCCAUUCAAGUUUACCAUUAUAUAUUCAAUUAAUGCAUUUGUCUUCCCUUCUAGCCUGGUGUAUUUGUCCCAGUUCCUGUACAAUGCUGGGACAUGAUAAGACUCAAAAAGUACUGGGUUGAAUGAAUGAAUGAGUAAACUAAUAAUUGUAUGGGAUGACAUCAUGCAAGCAGAAGGGUUUUCUUUUAUUCUCUCCCCCUUCCUCUCUCUGUUAAUCCAUUGUCUUUCCAUUGUAACAUAUUCAUAUUGAUCAAGGUAACAAUAUAAUAGAAGGCCUUGGACACUUUUGAGGGCUAAAGAGGAUGCUAUAAAUCACUGGGCCAGGACACUACUAUGAACUGAGACACAUGGUCACACUGCUUUUGAAGGACAUUGUUCUUUAUUUACCUGUGAUGAUAUCUAUCACCUUACCUGAGAAACUUGACACACUUGCUAGCUAAUGUUUGCAAACUUUUCUAUUUGUAGAAGCUUCAUUUGCAGUUAAAUGUUGGGUGUCUUCUGCUUAGUCACCCAUGACUCCUUAUCCAGAGGCCUGUGGGCAACUGUUGGCUAUGCUUAAUUUUUCUUGUUUUUAUUGCUUACAGGAUAAUGUCACAGGACUUUCUCUGUGUUUUAGCUACUUAAUAGCUGGAAGGAUUACAUAUUCUGGUCUUUGCUCUGUUUACUUCCGUUUUUCUCUGUAGCAUCUAGUCCAUCUUGUAAGAAUUUCAUGGGCAUUUUUUUCCUUCUUGUGUGAGGAGAUCCUUUGAUAUCUUGCCAAGUCUUCAUUUUCAAAACAUUGGCCAGACUCAAUUGUCAGUGUUAGGGAUUUACAGAUUUUUAAAGUAUUCUAAAAAUGUUAUUUGGAAGGUUUAUAUUUAGGGGCAUUCCUAUGACAGUCUUAACUGUUUCUAGUGGAAGAUGGAGGUAAAGCCCUUUCUAGAAUUUUUUUAACUAGAUUUCUUUAUAGCUAAUCUAUUCACAAGGUAUAUUCCUAUACUACUUUCUAACCUAAUUCUUUUUAUGUUUUAAUUUUCCCUCUUUGCCCCAUCUUCAUUCUCCUCCUCCUUUUAGCAUCUGCGCACAGAUAGCAGAUAGUAGUUAACCAUAAAACAAUAAGCAGAGUCACAAAUGAGUAAGAAAUGAGGAGUAGAAUGGAGCUACUGCCAUUUGCUCCUCGGUUUUGCCUGUGUUGCUCCCUUGGACUCUGUGUUUGUAUUCUAUUUCUGUCUUGGCACUGGCAUAAUAGGGAUAAUCAGUUACUACACUUUGUUUACUAUGAAAUUACCGACCAUUUCCUAGACUUCCACAUCAGCCCCAGUGCAGGAGUUGGAUAAUUACUUUAAGGCUCCUCUGUUUUCAAAUCCAGAGUGAAGGUUUAGGUUGUAUUUUCUUUUGGGGUUGAAAAUAAGUUGGAAAUGUCUUUUCCCAAUGCAUUUACGAAUUUGAAAUGCAGGCUCUAUUACCAGAUACAUGAUGUAAAUUAUAGGAAAGUGUGAAGGUGAUUUUAAACUUUUAAAUUCAUCCUAUAUUUAGAGUUGAAACAGAUUCACAUUUUUCUAAUGUUUGGCUUCUAUAGUUUUAGUCAGAAUUUCUAAAAGUCCAUGAAAUCUUUUCACUUUGUGAUAGGUGUAGCACUGAAAAAAUAAGUGGAAAUACCUGCCUGUAUUUGGCAUUUAUCCAGAUAUAGUAUUAGUUGAUGCACUUUUUCAUGCCUUAUAAUUUAUGAUUUUAAAAAAUCUUAUAAACUCUUAGAGAGUUCAUGACUUAAAACGAUUUUGUAUAUGACUCUUCACUAGGUGCCUUAGAAUCCUAACAUUUUUCAAGUUGGAAGUAACCCUAAAGCUAUAGGUAAAACCAUCUCCCUUCGACCAGUUCACAAAUGAGCAGUAAAGCUUUUAAAUAAAGUACCUCCCCACAUAUUUAAAAUAGCAUUCCAUUUUAUAGAAGUUGACUGAUUAUUAAUACUCAUUUUGCAGGAACAUAAUUGUAUAAAAGGCUACCACUUGGGCUUACUGCUUGAUGGAUUUACACAGCAGUCGGUGUCUUUGGAGUCAGAUUGAUUGGUGUUCAGAUCCUGCUCUGACUCUCAAGUAUUCCAACUUGACUGAAUAUUUUAAAAUGGAGAUAAUAUUUUCCUCAUGGAGUAGAGCUGUUGACAUUAAAUGAUAUAAAUUGCAUAUAGUUUUUGGCCUAUAGAUGGUGGUCAAAAUAGUUUAUUAUUUCCAUUCCCCAUGAAAGUUCAUCCAUAUAAAUUAAUUGAACUUUAUAACAUCAGUUAUAUAAUAAUGUUAGUUAUUUGGGGGGAGUUCCUUGGAGGUAAUUAUACAAAUAAAAACGUAUUCUUAGAUAACAAUUUUUCUUACAUUACACUCCACUUUGUGUUAAAAUCAGAGGCUUCAUUGGUAAGUAGAACCAAAUAUUAAUUAUCUUGAUUUGUUUACCCAGUUUGAAAAUAGAUUGUGGCAAAAGAAAUGAAAGAGUGUGCCUGAUAACUAAAUCUGAAGAAGUUUCAAAGACUGAUAAACAUGUUAGUUUCUCAGAAUGCCAGAUCGCGGUGCAUUGGCUCCUUUCAGUUUCUGAAGCUGAAGAAGAAAUAAUUUCAGUUCAACAGUUAUUCAUUUCCUUUGAAUAAGAUUCUUAUGCAGUGGCUCAUAUGUGCCUCCUUCCCUCCCAGCCCCCAGGUUGAACACAACAACAGAAAACCUAACAACCACAGCAACAGUACAGGUGGAAAGGACUUUGGGGAGUUUUCUUGGUCUCAAGAAAUUAGCCCAAUUAACUGGGAAGUAUCUGGAGUAGAGCAGAAAAAUUAUUAUGCCUGUAUUCCUUUGCGACUCAUUGGAAAUUGUGCAGUGACAUCUUCUGGGAUUUAGUCUGGAGUGUGCAGACUGGUGCCUAAAAUGGAAGUAGAUGUUAAUGGCGAGUCCAGAAGUCCCCUGACCACCCUGCCCUUGCCCGUGGCCGAGGCGAGCUCCCCGGGGAAGGCAGAGGCGGAGAAGCCCCGCUGCUCCAGUACGCCGUGUUCACCCAUGCGCCGGACUGUGUCGGGCUACCAGAUCCUCCACAUGGACUCUAACUAUUUGGUUGGCUUCACCACUGGUGAGGAACUCCUGAAGUUAGCCCAGAAGUGCACGGGAGGUGAGGAGGGUAAGGGAGAAGCCAUGCCUUCCUUGCGCUCCAAACAGCUGGAUGCAGGACUCGCCCGUUCCUCUCGCUUAUAUAAAACAAGAAGUAGGUACUACCAGCCAUAUGAGAUCCCAGCUGUCAAUGGCAGGAGACGAAGGCGGAUGCCCAGCUCAGGAGACAAGUGCACUAAGUCUUUACCUUAUGAACCUUACAAGGCUCUCCAUGGGCCUCUGCCUCUUUGUCUUCUUAAAGGUAAAAGGGCUCACUCCAAAUCUCUGGACUACCUCAAUCUAGAUAAAAUGAACAUCAAGGAGCCAGCUGACACAGAAGUGCUACAGUACCAGCUUCAACACCUAACCCUCAGAGGGGACCGUGUGUUUGCUAGGAAUAACACAUGAGUGACUUACAGAGCGUGUAAACCAGUUUAGGUCAGCCUGCCCUUGGGUAGAAAAAUCCACUGUUGUACUCUGUACAGGACUCUUCACACUGUAGAUGGUUAUUUCAGCUAAAUGUUCCUGGAACAUAAAAAUCGUUGGGAUCAAAUUUUGAAUACAGGAAUGAAUCACAGGUACUUGGGGGAAAAUCAUUCUAGAGCACGCAUCUGCAAAGAAAAGAGAAUGUUGACCACUAGUUUGUAUAGCUUUUUAGCUAGGAAACAAGGUUUUGGUACCGUAAUGUCAUCUUUCGAUUCUGACACUCAAAUUGGGAAUGUUAUCUGCUUGGUUGUUGCUGACUUGGUAUGAUACAUUAGAAAUUUAUAUCUUAAGUACUCAAGUACUUCUUUAAUCUCUGUAUUUUACUAUAAAAUGUAUGUAAUGAUUUGUUUUAUGGAAUUUAGAACUUGAACAUUGCUGAAUUGGACCACUUUUUAUUUUUAAAUAUUGAGUUUAAAUAUUUUAUAACUGGUUUUGCACUGAAAAAAAUUAACAUUUCAGAUUGACAAGAGAGUAAUCGUUCUUCACUUGCCUCAAUAGUAUUAUUGAGCAAUGAAUUUUUUAUUUCCGCAUGGAAAGUUAUUGAUCUCUAUGGCUGUAAAAUAUUUCUUUAUAGCGUUAUUAAAGUGUGUCUUAAUAAAAU